CACAAACCCAAUUCACAGAAGCCAAAGCGCUGGGAAUUAAGCUUUAGCCAGAACCCACACAAUCUUAUAUCCGUCGUGCCGUGAUGACGUGCGCGAGCGCCGGCAUGAGGGCGGAGCCAGAAGCAGGAAACUGCCGUUUUGGUUGGGCUCCAGUGUGGCGCGGGGUCUCCUGGGAUCCGAGAGACCCUGCCUUUCCGCCCGGAAGUCGGCGUCUUUGAGUCAUAGGAGUGAGCCACGCCGGGGCAGUGGAAUAAGAUGGCGGGGAAGAAGAAUGUUCUGUCGUCUCUUGCAGUUUACGCGGAAGAUUCAGAGCCCGAGUCUGAUGGCGAGGCUGGAAUCGAGGCGAUGGGCAGCGCGGCUGAAGAGAAAGGCGGAUUGGUAUCUGAUGCCUAUGGGGAGGAUGACUUUUCUCGUCUAGGGGGUGAUGAAGAUGGUUAUGAAGAAGAAGAGGAUGAGAACAGUAGACAGUCGGAAGAUGACGAUUCAGAGACUGAAAAACCUGAGGCUGAUGACCCAAAGGAGAAGCUCGGCACAGUGGCAGAGGCGCCCAGGGCUCAGCAAGCUCACGACCCAGCUUGUUGGACUCAAAGGGCAGAAGAAUCACGUUCUAAACAUGACAAGGAUAAUACAGAAGCAGAAAAGCGAGACCCCCAGGAACUCGUGGCCUCUUUUUCUGAAAGAGUUCGGAACAUGUCGCCUGAUGAAAUCAAGAUCCCACCAGAACCCCCUGGCAGAUGUUCAAAUCACUUACAAGACAAGAUCCAGAAGCUUUAUGAACGAAAGAUAAAGGAGGGAAUGGAUAUGAACUACAUUAUCCAAAGGAAGAAAGAAUUUCGGAACCCCAGCAUCUACGAGAAGCUGAUCCAGUUCUGUGCCAUUGACGAGCUUGGCACCAACUACCCAAAGGAUAUGUUUGAUCCCCAUGGCUGGUCUGAGGACUCCUACUAUGAGGCAUUAGCCAAGGCCCAGAAGGUUGAGAUGGACAAAUUGGAAAAGGCCAAAAAGGAGCGAACGAAAAUUGAGUUUGUGACGGGCACCAAGAAAGGCACCACGACCAACGCCACGGCCACCACCACUACCACCGCCAGCACAGCUGUUGCAGAUGCUCAGAAGAGAAAGAGCAAGUGGGACUCGGCUAUCCCAGUGACGACGAUAGCGCAGCCCACCAUCCUCACCACCACAGCCACCCUGCCAGCUGUCGUCACGGUCACCACCAGCGCCAGCGGCUCCAAGACCACCGUCAUCUCUGCUGUGGGCACCAUUGUGAAGAAGGCCAAGCAGUGACCUGAGGGGCCCCCCUAGGACUCGAAAGAACUGUGCAGCCCAGUGACCACUGCCCAGUGGGAGGCGCCACUUUGUAUAUUUCAGGAUUGGGACCUGCUCCCCUGAUGGUACCUGAGAGGAGCUUCUAUGUGGCAUUCCAGACGGAAGGACAGGCAGCACGGGAGCCAGGACAGGCAGCACGGGGUCUGUCCACGCUCCUCCUGGGGUCGGCCGCCCAUUAAAAGUGCCGUUUUCUUACCUCUUGGCAUCUCAGAUGCACUGGCCUCUCCUGCAUUCUGUUUGCAGGCAAAUGCUUCAGCUCACAUGUCCCCCCAUCUUGGUUUGGGACUACUGCCUCAGGGCUGACGAUAGGGUGAUGCAGGCCUGGGACGCUGUUCAGAGGGGUGGCCCAAGAAGUCACCGUUGUUACCCGUGUACGCCUCUGGACAUGGACAGGCGGGAGCCCCCAAGCUCCAUGUUCGCUCCAUGUGCCGCCUUGAUCCCAAAACCCAGCCAGUUCUUGGGUGAUGGUGGAGCUGUGCUCCCUUGGGUGCACUUGAGCACUCCCCGGUCCAGAUCACUUCUUGGACACACCCAGGCUUUUGAAGUCAAGCCAGUUCCAGAAGGGCUGGGGUGAGAUCCCGAUCUGUGCAGGGAGUGGGGAGGCGUCAGCGCCUGGCCAGGGCUGCCCCGGUCCCUCGGUGCCCGGUGAGCACAGCCAGCCAGGAGCUGAGCAGCGGGGGAGAUGAAUCACCUCCUGCCCUGGCCAGGCGGCCGCUCAUUGUUUACGGGCAAGCCCUGCUCCUGGGAGGGCUCCUGCCACCCCACCCUUCCUAUGUGUGUUAUCUCUGCCCCACAGCAGCCCCUGGGCAGCGCCAGUGGCCACCGGGCUCCCCCCGGGGCUGAAACGGGUUUCCCAGACCGGGAGUCCCGAGGAGACUGUUUUCCCUUCGUGAUCUUUGGCAACUCCACUGGAGCGGAAGAGCUGUGUGUCAAAAGAAGGAAGCCGGGCUGUGAAGGGCCUUGUUGCUUUCAGUCGGUGAGCAGAGGUUUAGAAAGGUGGUUCUGAAAUUGCACCUGGUACUCUUGUGGGACCUGAGGAAUAUAAGGAACUCUGUGCGUGAGGUUUCAAAAAUAAAAAUUGAGUCCACUCCCGCCAUACACACACUCGGCCACUGCAGCAGGUCAGUUCUCAGCCCUUCCUUGAUGGGGCUCUGAAGCUCAGGGGAGCAGAGCCGCUCCCCACUCAUGCCCCAGAGGGGCUCUGAAAAGGCUUCCUGUGGCCUCCGACAGGGGCCCCUCAUUAGCCAAGGACGCUGUGGGUGUUUCGCGGGAGGCAGCGUCGCGCUGCGGAAAGGGCAGUAGACGUGGAGCCGGCACCUCUGGCCAGAUUCCGUUUAAAACCGGUUGAGUGGUCUCCAACCCUUACCUCUGUAAGCCUGUUUCUUGUCUGAAAUCACGGUAAUGAAGCGUCGUAAGUUGGUUGGGA